UAGAAACUAUAUCAAUUCAAUCACUCAAAGAUAGACUUGUGAAACAAGUUGAAAAUGCUCAGUUUAAUAUUCCAUCAGAUUUUAUUUUAAAUACAACGUCUAAUUCUUCAAUUUCACUUCGAUCAAGAGUAGAUCCACUUGCUUCAUUUGGAAAUUUUCAAAAUACAAAUCUUUCAAGAUCAAUUUCACUUUCAAUUAUUGAUCAGAAUGGAAAUGAAGUUUCUUUUGAAGCCCAUCAGAAUAAUCCAAUACAAAUGAUUAUUCCUCGCGAUCCAAAUGUAUUAAUUCCAUCAAUGUAUUUACAAAAUGUUACAUCAAUUAAUUCAACUAUUAAUAAUUUAUUAUUCAAUUAUCAUUAUAUUAAUAUAACAAGUUCACUUCCAAUUUCAGUUCAUUUUGAAAUUCAUUCUUUAAAUCGAAGUCUUGCUUAUUUAUUUAUUUAUAAAUUUGAUCAAACACCACAAUUAAAUAGUUCAAUUAAUCUCAUUGAUAGAUGGACAAUUUUUUGUCCUUUCAAUUUAACCAAUGAUGAUAUAUAUCGAUAUUUUAUUGAUAAUCAACAAACACCUGGUCAUCAAUCAUUAAUAUUUGGAAUAAGAGAAUUAAAUUCAACAGAAAUUAAUAAUUAUUGUUUAUAUAAUUCUUCAAUAAAUACGUCUUUACCAAUCACCGAUGAACCAUAUGACUUUACAUCAAAUUAUGAACUUCGUAUAUAUACAUCAGGUUGUUAUUAUCUUGAUGAAAAUUAUCAAUGGAAAUCAGAUGGAUUAACAGUUGGUCCUUUGACAAAUCUGCAUGAAACAGAAUGUCUUUCAACCCAUUUAACAUCAUUUGCUGGUGGUUUUAUUGUUUUACCUGCACCAAUUAAUUGGAGUUAUGUUUUUGCAAAUGCUGAUUUUAUGAAAAAUAAAACAGUUUAUUUAACAGUGAUAAUUACUUCAAUAUUUUAUAUUAUUUUACUGAUUUAUGCACGAUUUGAAGAUAAGAAAGAUUUUGAAAAAUUGGGAGUAACACCAUUAGUUGAUAAUAAUAAAUCUGAUCA